GUAUCUGCAGUGCUGGCACUGAUCUUGGGUUUCACCUACCAUGCUGGAGGAAAUAUGGAAGAAGAUCCCCUUUUCAAAUGCUUACAAGACUCUGAUUAUGAUUACCUUCGGAAGCUAACAGAACAAGGUCUGCCUCCAGCGAAGUACCCUCAGCAUGUGAUAGUCAUCGGAGCAGGUGCUGCUGGACUCACUGCUGCCAAGUUCCUGGAGGAUGCGGGACAUAAGGUGACGAUUAUUGAGGCAAGUGACCGCAUAGGUGGAAGAAUUCUAACACAUAGGGAUGAAGAGGGCUGGUAUGCAGAACUUGGUGCCAUGAGGAUCCCAAGUUUCCACAGCAUUCUCAUGACUUUUGCAACAAAGCUGGGCCUGCCGUUUGGACCCUUUAAACAGGACGACGACAACACUUAUUAUUUCAUAAAUGGAUUUCGCUAUAAAACCUACACUGUAAAGCAGAAUCCAGAUGUUCUGAACUACCCUGUGUAUGACUGGGAGAAGGGCAAAAGUGCCAGAGAACUGUUUGACAAGGCUUUGGGCAAGUUAAAAGAUGAUCUGCAGAGAAUGGGCUGUGAGAAGAUGUUAAACAAAUAUGAUUCAUACUCAGUUAAGGAGUAUUUAGUGAACGUGGGAAAUUUGAGCAGAGGGGCUUUGCGGAUGAUUGGUGAUAUCCUGAAUGAGAACAGCUUCUUCUACACGGCCCUCACUGAGAUGCUCUACAUCCAGUGUGAUAUAAGUGACAAUGAAACGUAUUAUGAAUUUGAAGAUGGCUUUGAAUCAUUCCCUAAAGCGUUCUACACUGUGCUAAAUGGCACAAUUCUUAAGAACUCAAAAGUCCAGGCCAUCAGUCAAAUGCAGGACAACGUGACAGUUUUGUACGAAGACAGGCGUAACCACGGCACCCUGACAAGCAUUACUGCUGAUUAUGUGUUGGUGACGGCCACAGCCAAAGCAACGCUCCUCAUUGACUUUAAACCUCCUCUGUCGGCUGAAAAGAUGGAAGCACUGCGAGCGCUGCACUAUUCCAGCUCCACAAAAGUAGUGCUGAGUUUCAGCAAAAAGUUCUGGAAGGAUGAUGGCAUUCAGGGAGGGAAAAGCAUCACAGAUCUGCCAUCACGUUUCAUUCACUACCCAAGUCAUAAUUUCUCUGGUAUAUCAGGCGGGGCUGUGUUGGCUUCUUACACCUCCUCUGAUGAUGCUGCAUUUCUACAGACUAUCAAUGAAGAGGACUUGAAGGAUCUGGUGUUGAGUGACCUGGUGAAGAUCCAUGGAGAACACAUCCGCCAGCUCUACACCGGGGGUGUUGUGAAAAAGUGGGGAAUGGAUCCUUACAGCCACGGCGCCUUUGCCAUCUUCACUCCAUUCCAGAUGAGAGACUAUAGUAUGUCUAUAGUCCAGAACGAGGGGAGGAUUUACUUUGCAGGAGAGCACACGGCCAGACCUCAUGGCUGGAUUGAAACCGCCAUGAAAUCUGCUCUGAGAGCUUCAGAUAAAAUAAAUAACAAUGCAAAGUAAAAAACAAAUCAUGAUCAACCAUCAACUUUGCCAGACUUUAUUUAAAAAAUAAAAAAAAUGGAUUGUGGUUGGCAUUUUGGAAGUGUUUGAUAUUUUAUUAAAUAGUAUGUGAAUAUACUAUCAGGGAUCUUCUAAGCACUUUUGCAAGAAUAUUGAUGUUCAAUACAAUACAAUGUAGCCUAUUAUUAUUCAUUAUUCUGAAUUGCUAACUGUCAACAUAUUAUGUAACAAUGCACCUAAACUACAAAAAGGACAAUUAUUCAGUUUUUUUAAUUUAAUUAAAUUUAAUUAUUUAAGAUUACUGAAAUUGUAUUACAUUAUUGAUAAUUCUG